AGAAUUUUGUUUACGUCGGAUGCGUUUUAUUUUUAAUAGGAUUACUUACAAUAAAAUAUUCUGUGCUAAAAAUCCAAGAUCAUGUCGUCAAUCACGUUGAAGGAUGUUGACCAACAUAAAUUUGUUGCUUCGUUCUCCGCAUUCUUAAAAAAGAGUGGUAAGUUGAAGGCCCCAGAAUGGGUUGACUUGGUUAAAAAUGGUAAAUUCAACGAAUUGGCGCCUUAUGAUGAAGACUGGUAUUACACCAGAUGUGCUGCCACGUUGAGACACAUUUACUUCAGAUCGCCAGUUGGUGUUGGAUCCCUCACCAAAAUCUUUGGAGCCCGCAAACGUAAUGGAGUGAGACCAUCCCAUUUUUGUCGCAGUUCUUCUGGUAUUGCACGUAAAGUACUUCAAUCUUUAGAACAAAUGAAACUCAUUGAGAAGGUUGAAAACAACAAUGGCCGUCGAUUGACCUCUCAGGGUAGGCGAGAUUUAGAUCGUAUUGCUGCUCAAGUGAAACAAGCAAAAAAGAAGAAGCAAGCACUUUUGGCCGCUGAAUCAGCGGGAUUCUCUGUGCUUAUUCCAAAAACUGACUAAGAAUUGAGUUUACUACUGUAUAAGACCGAUACAUCCUUGAAAGUAAUAAAAAUACUUUAAAAAAAAAAAAAAAUGAUUUUAAAGUUCUAAUAUUUAUUUAUAAUUAUCCCAUAUGAUUUUAUUUUAUUAAUUAGUUUGAUUAAUCAACGUUUGUUUAAAUCUGUGUUGGUCUUAAAGGUUUCAUAAAGUAUAAACCUGCUUACUUGAGUAUUAGUAUACUAUGAGUAAUAGUUUGUGGUAAAAAGCCAUUCUUGAGACAAAUAAUUGCGGCAAUGGGUUUGAAUGGCCUACUAAACUGUAAAAAUAAUGAGUGAUAAUAUAUUAGUUUGUCACUAAGGAUGAUUGGUGUUGUGAUGAAUAUGUACAAAAUAAAACAAUAUAAUUAAUUAUAACAGGUGUGAAUUCUUAUUUAAAAAAAAAAAAAAAAAACGAAUCUCAGUGUGUCGGUCAAUACAUUGAUCAGUUCAACACGUUAUCACAAAAUAAUAAUUGGCAUCAUUUUACACGCUAAUAACAAAAAUAUAUUUAUCAUAACCAAUGUAGCAACACGGUUUGAAGUUUGAUAAUAAACGCGACCCAUUGCCACAGUUAGGGCAUUGUAUACUAGUAUCAUUAAUCAUUUUAUAUAUAUUACCUACUUAAAAUAUAAAGGUAUUAUUUAUUAUAA